UUUGUUGGUUCUCGUGUUUUUCACGAUCAUGGGUAAAGAAAGAAAGAAAAAGAAGAAAAAGCCUACCAAAACAAAUAAAGUUUCCCAGAAUACCCAAGAAGACAAAGAGCAAUGUUGUUUGGACAUGCAAGAUGGCAGUGCUGCAUGUAGUGAUAAUAUGAAGGGGAGUACAGGAAGCCAAGAUAUCAAUGAAAAUGGGGAAAAUAAAACAUAUUCUGUUGAAGAUUUAUUGCAAAAGAUAGAAGAAUGUAUGGAAACAUUUAACUAUCAAUUGGCUCAGAAGUUCUGUGAAAGAGGACUGGAACUAGAUGCCAAUCACUUAUUACUACUCGAAACUGCUGGAGCUGUGUUUUUAGAGACAGGUGAAGCUGAGAAGGCCAAGAAAUGCUUUCAACAUGCCAUUGAAUUGUGUCCUGAUGAAGGCCAUGCUAAGUACAUGUACAUUGGACAGAUUCUACAAGGACAAGAGGCUGUUGAGGCUUUUACUAAGGGCAUUGAACUAAUGAUAUCAACUAUGAAUUCAAGCUCAAAGGGAGCUGCCAAAUCAGACACUGUCAGUCCUAAUGAUGUUUCUACAGCAUACUGUUCUUUAGCAGAAAUCUACAUGACAGACGAAUGCUUUGAUACUGAGGCAGAGAACAAGUGCUUUGAAUGUUGCCAGAAGGCAGUAGAAUAUGACCCUAGCAACCCUGAUGCAUACCAAACUAUGGCUAACUGUCUGAUGAGUCAAGAAAAAAUUCAGGAUGCCCAGACAAUGUUGAAAAAGGGUCUUGAUUUAUGGCUUGGAAAAGAUGAUGAUGAUACAGACCAGGUCCCCAUGCCAUCUUAUGAGAGCAGACUCACAUCUGCUAAACUGUUGUUAGAGCUUGAAGAUUUUGAGGUAGCGGGAACUGUCUUACAAACUUUGCUGGAAGAAAAUGAUGAAGAUCCUCAGGUGUGGUACUUGUUGGGCUGGAUGUACCAUCUUUCUGGACAAGACAAUACCAGCAAGAAAAUUAGCUUGGAAAAGGCAAAAGAGAUUUCCGUAAAAUCAGGGUGUGAAGACGAACAGUUCCUACAACACAUAGAUGAACUAUUAUCAAAUAUGAAUCCUGAAAAAAAUGGUGAUGUCAUGGAUGAUGAGGAUGAUGAUGAUGAAGCAAUGGAGACUUGAAAAAUGCUCUACACCUAUUUCAAUCUAGUACUCUUAAUUCCAAGUCUUUCAUGUCCAAAUAGAGUAAUGUGCCUUACCUAAUCAACCGUACCCCUUUCCCCCUCCUAUUCCUUCGCUUCGCAUAUUCUGCCCUCCUCCCUCCCUCCAAAUUGACCUGCAUCGCUCUCCCUGUAAAGAAAUUUAUGGCUCCAUAGAUUAAAUUUUUAUUGAUAUUUUAAUUGUUUUAUGGUACGCCUGUCAUGGCUGAGCAUCAAAGCACAGAGAACAACCUUUUCUUGUUAAGGAAGCAUCGGUUUUUAAUGACACAACUAUUGUUAGGGGAUUCUUCAUUUUGCUAUAUUCAAAUCAUCCAAUUCACCAUAUCAAAUAUCAUUCCUCAAUCAACAUUGUUGUCAUGAUGUUAUCCUGCACGACCAACGAGCCACACCCACAAACCUAUUUCAAAAAACUUUGUCAUUGCCAAAGGUGAUAGGUGAUAGGUCAUUCCGACAUGGAAAUGGUUUCGUUGAAUACAAAAAACACUGAAUCAGUCUCAACACUAAGGUCCAUGUUCUUGACCAGAAUAAGAAACAGAAACAUAAGUCAUUCCAGCUAUUCUUGGAUCUUGAGAUGACCUAUCUCAUAUUUUCUCGAUGACAACGUUUUGAAAUAGGCCAAUCAGCAAUAACUAAACUAUAAUAUAAUAAUAAUACAUAAUUUAUCAUUCCUCGUCCAUCAAUCAGAUCUACAUGUACCGUACGGUAGUCAUCCAAUCUUUUCUGAGAUAGGAAACAUGGUGCAUUGUGGUCUAGCUUAGGUACAAACAUCUUUUGUUCAUCAUGACUUGAAUGGUCUUGCUUGUAUCCAAGUUAGACCACGAUGAAUCCCAUUUAUCGAGCUCAGAAAAGGUCUUCCUACCAGGUUUGAUCAACUGACUUUGGAAAAGGAAUAAAGAUGUUGAAACAAUUGAA